AUGCCCUCCCAACCACCCCUGUCUCAUGUGGGAGUAAUCGUGAAUUCCUCUGCUCGCCGUGUUGCCUGCGACCAGUGUCAUGCUCAAAAGCUGCGUUGCACAAAACUCGAAAACUGCACUGUAUGUGUUCGAUGCCAGCGAUUGGACCGUCAAUGUAUCUGGAGUCCUCCAUCGCGGAGUGGCCGCCCAGCAAGGACUACCGUGGUCAAGCGGGGGAGCAGCCGCCUGGAUACUGCUGGGGGAAAGCGUCACAAACGAUCUUUAAGUGCUCUAGAAUUGACCGCAGAGGAGAACGGUCCGGAAAGUGCGAGAGAGCCUGUUCAUACCAGCCAGAUCAGUACUCAGCGCGCCCCUCCGGCUGUCGAGAUAUCCGAGACAGUACCAUCUUUGCCUCCAUCCGUUGCAGAUUGGAACAUGUCCGAUAUUUUCAGCCUUUCAAGCCCGCGGUAUAGUUCGCGGGACAAUCCUUUCCCUCCUUUUUGGACCUCGGAGAGCGUGCCGCCAAUACCCAAUUUUACCGACUAUUUUCAAAUGCCCAGCAUCGGGAAUCAAACGAGAACCACCGAGGACACCCCUGCAAUGGCCUCGACAGGCGCUCCCCAAGGGCUAGGCUCUCUGCAGGACAUCACGCGAGGGCUCUCUGACAUCAAUCUAUCGCUAUUCAAUCUCCAGCAAUCUCUUCAUGCCGAGCCAUGGGGUCCGAUGUUUGCGUCCCCAACCGCGGUGAUCACGAAACUAAGCGCCUGUGGUGGUGACCAGCCCGAUGACACGCUCGCCCAGCACUUUAUCGACAUUGCAAAGCAAACGAGCAUUUAUUUCGCCUCCCUGUCCACCCCCCUUACAUCUCGUACCACUCCCACAGGUGGAGCACCAUCGCGUGCCUUUUGCCCAGAGAGCGACACGUCCAGCCAGUCGUCGUCUCAUUUGUCCCCCGUAGACACUUAUACACAGCCCGAGAUACCUCCACCUGCGUCCUCAAGUACAGCUCGAGGAGACCCAUCGAGCCCGGAUUUACCAACAGCUCUUCUCUUUACAACCGGCUACGCGCGGAUUCUCGAUCUUUACACUACCGUCUCGACCCAGAUAUCACACUUCGUCCACGCACUGUCAGUACAGUCGAUGGCAGGAGGCCCGGACUAUCGCCAACGGAUGCACCCCGUUAUCCCGCCAUUGCAGUGGGGUGGGUUCCAGCCCGCCAACUACGGUGCGCUGCAGAUCUUAAUGGCAAUCCAGGUGAUAUCCUACCUGCUCGCGGGGGUGGAACGGGCCUUGGGUGUUGACGAGUGGGAGCGCGAGGUGACGCAGGGCCGAUCCCAGUCUGAAGAGAGGGUACGGAGUCCAUCGUCCUAUUCAGGCGGUGAGGAGGGGGGCUUUAACUCGUCCGGACAGAAGCAUGCGCCGUCUCGUCCGGAGAAGCGCGCCGGGGCUAGGAGGGGCUUGCUCAGCGCUGCGAUGAUUGAGAUUGUGGUCCAGGGGGAGGGACCACGGAACCGCCGAGGAAAGGUUGGGCUGUUGCGGCGGAAACUUGAGAGGGUGAAGAAGGAGUUAGAGAAGAGCAUGCAUAGUUAA